AUAUUGUCACAGUCAAGUAUUGCACUUCAAUACAGCAACACCAAUCUAACAAUGGUCUCCAAAUUCGUCAUCGUUCUCUCCCUCGCCGUGGCAGCCUACGCCGUGCCCCUUGUUCCCGUCAGCAAGGUAGUGUACGCCGAGCCUGAGGCGCCCGCUCACUACGAGUUCUCAUACUCCGUGCACGAUGACCACAGCGGUGACGUGAAGCAGCAGCAGGAGGCGCGUCAAGGCGACGCCGUGCACGGCUCGUACUCUCUCGUGCAGCCCGACGGUGUGCACCGCAUCGUCGAGUACACCGCCGACAAGGAGCACGGAUUCAACGCCAACGUGCGCUACGAGGGCACCCCCGUCCACGCUGAACCCGCCAAGAUCGCCUACGCUGCUCCCGUUGCCAAGGUCGCUUACGCUGCUCCCGUUGCCAAAGUAGCCUACGCCCCAGCCCCAGUCUCUUACUCCCACGCUCCAGUCUACGCCGCCCCCGUCGCCAAGGUCGCCUACGCCGCCCCCGUCGCCAAAGGUCGCCUACGCUGCUCCCGUAGCGCACGUCACUUACUCCUCUCCUGCUAUCUCUUACCACCACUAGACCAAUGCAUUGUUACAUUUGUUGAAUUUAAUAGGUAUUAUUAAAU